CCUCGGCCACUUCCUUCUCCAGCCUUUGCCUCCCCAGUGCGCCGCGGACGCCCGGGUCCGGACCACGCGGCCCCAGUUCUCCACGGGACGGGAACGCGCGGCCGAGAGGUGAUAAUGAAUGUGGAUCAUGAAGUUAACCUCUUAGUGGAGGAAAUUCAUCGUUUAGGUUCAAAAAAUGCUGAUGGAAAAUUAAGCGUGAAGUUUGGGGUCCUUUUUCAAGAUGACAAAUGUGCCAACCUCUUUGAAGCAUUAGUAGGGACACUCAAAGCUGCAAAACGAAGAAAGAUUGUAACAUACCCAGGAGAGCUACUUUUACAAGGUGUUCAUGACGACGUUGAUAUUAUAUUGCUGCAAGAUUAAUGUGGUUUGCACAUGUUUAUGUAUUACUGUUUUGGUUUUCUGAUAAACUGGAAUGUUAAGUCAAAGAAUAAACAUGAUUUAAUGUAUUUUUAUAAAACUUUGUAAGUAGAAGGGGACUUAUGUUUUAGAAGUCUUCCUUUUUUAUAUUUCAAAAAGAAUUGUAUGUAUUACACUGUAAAAUAAGCAAAACCUAUUAUUUUUCUCAGGAAUCUGGUUGGGAAAUGUAGGCAGUGAAGCCUUUUUUUGAGCAGUUAGGGGGAUAUUUGUUUCAUAAAUCAUUCAUAGAAAUUUCUAUAGAUAUUUGACAUUCUGUAAAAGUGAAAAGCAAAUGAUGACCAACUCCCACAAAAAAUGUUCAAAUUUUAUGUAAUAAAAGCAUGUAACUGUCUUAAGAUCAA